AUGGUUGGAAAUUCUAUGCCUACUGACCUACUUGAUCUGCCAACACCAUGUGUAUCCGAAGUUAUUCAAAGUUUAGUAUACAAAUAUGAGAAUUCAGAAAUCUAUACAUGGCUAGGAAGUAACAUUUUGAUUUCCAUUAAUCCGAAAAACAAUUGUCUUCAAAAUUAUUCAUGUGAUGGAGUGAAUGAUUAUACUGAAAUACAUAAUUGUUGGAGAAAACCCCAUGUAUACUCUGUCGCGGAGGCAUGUUUGUGGCAGAUGACAUCUACGGGAAGUAAUCAGUCAAUAAUUAUUACUGGCACAAGUGGAUCAGGGAAAACAGAAGCCACUAAACACAUAUUACACUACUUAACUUAUAAGAGUAGUGUGAAACGCAAAAAGCAAACGCGGAAAACUGAAGUACAUAUCGAAAAUAUUAUUCUACAAUCCAAUCCCAUAUUGGAAGCACUUGGUAAUGCACAAACUCAGUUUAAUGAAAAUAGUUCACGUUUUGGCAAAUAUAUACGCCUUAUCUAUGAUCGAAAUCAAAUCCUUGUUGGAGCAAGACUACAAAUUUAUCUUUUGGAAAAGCCUAGAGCUUUAUUCACACCUAAAUCGUUGUUUUCAUCAUUUCAUAUAUUUCGUUGGUUUUUAGAAUCCUUGUCAAAUGAAGACCGUGUGAAAUUUGGUUUAGAUAAUUGUCACUACACUAGAAGUAAUGAUGAAGCAUAUCAACGAUCAAGAUCAAAUUGGUCUGCUUUACUAAAAGCUUUUCUAUCACUCAGUAUUAAAGAAGAGAGAUUAGUUCAAUUUUGUCAAUUACUAGCCAUCAUAUUACUGUUGAAUAGUAUUCGUUUCUUUUCGUGUUCACCAACUCAACAACCGGAACAGUAUUAUGAUGAUCCUGCUGGACUGGCCGUUAUUCCCCCGGAUGAUAUAAAUCAGAUUACAAUAGCUGGAAGACUGCUUGGUAUUCCAGAUGGUGAGGCUUUAGAUAGCCUUCCUCAACAGUUUACAACACGUCUUGUUCAGGCUGGUUCUUCAUCUCAAAGAAGCAGACGAAUGACAACCUAUAGGUGUGCUUGUACAGUUUCUCAGGCUCGUGAACAACGGGACUGUUUUGUGAAAGCUUUGUACAGUAGCCUGUUUCAUUACAUGGUUGAUGAAAUAAAUAAACAGUUGAAUUUCGAGGAUCCUGAAGGCCCUUUUUAUGAACUGGGUAUCCUUGAUUUAUUCGGUUUUGAAUGUUUAAAUGAGAAUAGUUUUGAGCAAUAUUGUAUUAAUUAUGCUAAUGAACGCUUACAUCAAACAUUUAUACGUAUUGCUAUUACAACUGCUUAUGAUGAAUUAGAAGCUGAAGGAUUAUCUAUCUAUCCAAUGAUUAAUAGUGAUGAAGAUUCACUAGACAAUAUGAAGCAUGAUAAUACUAUGAAAAAUAAACAACAAUUAAAUUGUUCAAUAAAAUUAUGUGAUAAUACUCUCACUUUAAAAGCUAUAGAAGUGAAUGCAAAUUUAUUAGAGGAAGUUUGUCUCUUAAAUCGUGUUCACAAUGUCAAUUCUUCAAAGUUGUUAUCUUCAACUGGAUCAUUAAGUCAACUGGAUCCGCGUGAAAUCGAUUGGAUUAGUAAAAUUCAAUCAGCUUUUACUACACCGAAUUGUUCAAUUCAUUUAUAUGACAAUGGCUGUAUUCAAUCACCAUGUUGUAAUGCUAAAAAAAUCCCGUUGUCAUCAUCUCGUGUUGGUAAGCAGCUAACAUCCACAACAUCAGGGUGUCGUCCAAUAGCUAUAUAUGAUCAUUUCCUUGUGAAACAUUAUGGUGGACCUGUUGUCUAUUCUGUAUCCGGCUUUGUAGCUAAAAAUCUUGAUCGUAUACCUGUACAGUUACUUACUUGGAUAAAAGAAGAAUCUUGUCUAGCUGAAUAUGACACUGACAAUCUUAUUUAUUUAGUUCUAUGCAAUGCAAUGGAUACAGCAAACCAAAUGGGGGUAACGACUACAUCAUAUCAAUCUGAAACUCCAGUGAAAAUUAGAUCUGCUCUACAACAAAUUAAUAAUCAUAUAGACAAUAGCCCUCGUACACCCAUGUGUAAUUCAUUAGUCGUAAAUAAUGCUUCAGAAAAUUCAAUAUCACCUACAAAUCGUCGAAUAAAUACACGUCGGUUGAAUACAGUAUUUGGUAACUUCAAAUCCUCUCUAGAUCAUCUUCUUGAUGUACUUAACUGUCACAACUUAUUUUUCAUUCGUUGUAUUCGACCGGAUUCACCAUCUAGAAAUUGUCAUCAAUCGAUAAAUUGUUUGAUAGAUUCUGAUUAUGUAAAAGAUCAACUUGUAAAUAGUGGACUAUUAGCAGCAUUAGAAGUUUUACGAUCUACAUAUUAUGCAAAAUUUACAUAUGAAGAGUUUAUAUCUGAGUACAGAGUAUUUUGGCAUCUUAAUCCAUAUCCACCAACUGAUCAGCUAUUAGAAUCUGAAUUCUGUUUGUUGAAUUCAUGGUAUCUUAAACUGAUUCAACUUCCUAGGUCGACGUCAAAACGAACUCCCCUCACUUUACGUCGUCAAACAAGUGAAUCAACAAUACAACAACAACAACAAUUUGUCCUUAUACUACUUAUGCUUGGAUUGAAUUUAUCUUCAAUAUCUUCUAAAACUAUACCAAUAGAUAACAAUCUCUACAGCAUAGAAAAUGAUGAAAAUCCUAAUCCAAUUUACUCUGCAUUUCCGAUAAUCUAUCAAUUCGGUCGUACACGAAUUCAUUUGACUAAAAGUCAAUAUCAACAUUUAACUAAACUAAGAUAUUUCAUGUUGAAUAGAAAUGCAAAAGUGAUACAACUAUUUUUCAAAAGAUGCUUACGCCAUAAAGCUGCUAAACGAAUUCAACAUUGGUGGAGAAAGUUACUUGCCAAUCGUGAACUUAUGGUGGACAAAUCGAAUCCUGUGUUGUACAGUUCACUCUCUGAUGCUGACGAUGAUGAUGAUGAGGAUAGUAGUCAGCAUGUCGAUUGUGAUACUGAUUCGUUUACCACUUCUCCUUCAGUAUUGUCAAAUGCACAAACUAGUGAAAUAGAGAUUGAAGAAACAAAAAUUGGUCAAAUUUCAUCGUCAACAACAUCAGUGGAUUUGCCAACUAUCCAACGGAAACAAUCUAAUUUGCUGAAUUAUUUAAUACCUUUUUGCUAUAAAAAUCAUAUUCUUCGGUUUUAUGAAGCUCUUGAACCUGUUAAAGGCAUCUUUGACAUUAUAUGUGAAUAG